ACAUACAAAAUUAAAUAAGAGCGAACCACUGGUCGUUCAAAAAUAUAUAAGAAAAUAUUAAACCUCUGUUUUUGCUGGCGAUCAUGGCUUACACAAACAAAGUUACGAUAUCAGCCGCGGUUGCGACAAUGAUGCUGUUUCUGGCGGUUACGAUCGUGGAUGCACAGUCAAUGCCACCAAUGCCAAAGUUUAAUCCUGUGUGCGCGUUGGCGGAUCUCCCAAACAUCGUCCAACUUUGCUACUUUAACUUGGAUUUGACGCCAUCUGAAGAGUGCUGCAAUGAUCUCAAAUCGUCGAGCACGAUACAAGUGAAUUGUCUCUGUGACAAUUUCAUUGCACAUCCUUCCAAUGGCAAUAUCUCGCAAGCUCGCUACGACCUGGUCAACAGCGCCUGUGGUGUUGCCGACAAAUUCGCAUGUAAAGGAGGAGACGCCAGCGGAGGAUCAACGAACAAGAUUGCUGCAUCAAUGGUUCUACUUGGUUUGGUUGCAAGUCUGUUCUUUUAAUUUAUUUCAAUUUGGCCUUCCAAAUUCUAUGUAAUUCUAAGAUAUCCCCGAUAUAUAUAUAAGAAUUAUGGUAUAAAAGGAAUUGUUCAGACAAUGUAAUCAUAUAUGAAUGAUAUACAUAGUAUAUACCACUUGUUUACGUUUUCAGUUUUCAUGUUUUGAUAACAUGAUUCCGCUGUUUUGUACCAUUCAAAAUAUUCAUCAUGUUUUCAUG